GCUAUAUCAUGCCACUAAAGCUUUCAAAACAGGGGAAAAAACAAAAGCAAUUCCUUAGCAAAAUUUUGAAACUUCUGGUUGGAUUAUAAGUUAGUUAUAUGUUUAUAAGUUAGUUUGAAGGAGCUCUUUAACUAUUCGCCUCCCCCUAUGGUACGUAGUAACUAAUCCCCAUGAUUCGGUUCCGUGACAUGCCACCAAUGUUUUGACCUAUAGAAAAUAAAGUUAAAUCUUGUCAAUUUUUCUAUAUUUACACAAGUUUUUGUCAGAACCUCACUGGUAACUGAUUAUAAUUACUCUUUUUGUCUAAAAUAAUGCAUUGUACAAACUCGUAAUACUUGUUAAUAAAAAAGACAUCAAUCAUCAGAUUGUAUCCCGUAUCUGUAUGUUUUUGGAGUGAAGAAAUGAACAAGGCUUCUGUUUGAAACAAUUUCCUAGAAAUGCGAUUGAAUCAAAAUGUCAUUGUCAUGGGAAAAGUAUGCUGGUUGGUUCCCUACGGCAAAAAUUACGUUGAAAAGUAUCAUUCGUGGAUGCUUGACGAGAAUUUACGAUGCCUGACAGCGUCUGAACUUUUGACCUCAAGAGAAGAGUAUGAGAUGCAAAAGUCGUGGCUAGAUGAUAAAGAUAAACUGACUUUCCUCAUUCUUAAUCCAGUUUCAGUAAAGAAGUUGUCUGACUCCGGAGCUGUUUGUGCCUGUUCUUCAGUAUCGAUUGUUUUCAGCCUAUGUCGUUCAGAAUUCGGGAGUCAAUGUGAAUCCAAUCCUAACUCUAAAGUAUCGGAUAGACCAAUAUGUGAAUGGUGCAAACUUGAAACCGGAUGUUUAAUUGGAGACAUCAAUUUGUUUAUUGACACGGAAAAUUCACGCGGAGAAAUUAACAUGAUGGUGGCUAGUGAAGAACAAAGAGGCAAAGGUUUUGGAAAGGCGGCUUAUAAUGCUUUUAUUUUCUAUGUCGUCAAGAGUCUUAAGCUUAAAGAAAUCAUCGCAAAGAUCUCAGAGUCGAAUUUAGCAAGCAUGGCAUUUUUCACUAAAUUAGGGUUUAAAGAGAUAUCCAGGGCGCCCGUUUUCAGUGAAAUAACUCUUUCCAAGCAACUAGAUAGCCUGAAUUUGGAAGAUUCGAAUUUUGAAAUUAAAUAUAUGAAUUGAGUUUCCUCAGUAUAGUGAGAGUAGUCUUAGUGUCAGGAAAAUUUAUAGCGAGAAAUGAAUGCGGAGGAGAGAGUGGACAUAUCGCAGCACAGAAUGUUUCGACCAUAUUCGUAAAAAAAUCAAGUUAGUGAUUCGAACAUAAAAAAUUUCACAAAAAUUGUCCUGGUGUCGAGAAAAACUAUGAAAUUCUUCCAACUAAGCCUAAUUUUGAGCGAGUAACGUUAGUUUUAA